AACGCGACCCUGUUUUAUAUCGCCUUCCUCUCAAUGAAAAUAGACCAUUGAGAAGGUUGUUGUCAAAGGCUACGUUUCUGCUGUACACAGACUCAAGAGUACCUUUAGAGAUCUUGUCAUUUAGCGUUAGGCCCCAGGAUUUAUUCGGAAGAGAACUAUGGUAGCCGUAUGACAAGCAGUCAGAGGAUUAAGGAGAAAACAUGUUGGGGAUAAGUUUAACGCUGCGCACCUCGGCCUGUCUGGCUGGAGCGAUCAUCAUCGGGACUUACGUUAUAUUCGGCGGCCCAGGCGACAGCAGGAAGAAGAGGAGACGCAAAGGCUAUCAGGAGCUGCGCUGAGGAGAGUGGGCCACCGCCUUCUCCCCUGUUCAUCUGGAAUACCCUUCAUUCUACUCAGUAUACAAUACUGACUAUGUCACAGACUAGAGGGUCUGUGCACAUAAGGGAUACCAGGGUGGAAUCCAAGCAAGUUACACUGGACAUCUCUAGUAUGGACUGGUGUGAGAUUAACACCAUCCCUGGCUUGGCAAAUGUAGGCAACUCGUGUUUCCUAAACGCUCUCGUUCAGUCAUUAGCAUCAUGCCCCCUUUUCAUCAACUGGCUGACAUCCAAGCUCAGGGAUCCAUCUCCCCCUUUGGUGACAGCUCUUCACGACCUUCUGAAAGUGUUAAACAAUGAUGGAGGCCAUGGAGGGGAUGCAUGUGCAGGUGAAGUGAUGCGUGCUCUCAGGGCCCAUGGUUGGGUAAUCUCUGCAGAGGAACAAGACACACAUGAACUCUUUCAUGCCCUGACAGCCACCUUGGAUGAAGAACUAGGAAAUGUCCUCACAACACCCUCACUCCUUGAUGUCUCAUGGAUGGAGGAAAGUGAAACUAACAUAUAUGAGGAAGGUGUUUUGCUCAAGGCUGCAUCAGUGGAGUAUUUGAAUAGAGAUUAUAGCAUCAAGAAGGUGAAUGGUGUAGAGAUGAAUGGAAAUGCAGAUUGUACUGCAAUGGAUAACAACUAUGUGAAAAGUGGCAAAAAUGCGGAUAAAUCAGAUUCCUUUUCCAGUGCAGAUAUGACUGUUGCUGAUCAGAACUGUGAUAAUUUUAGCCUAGGAAGGAAUGAUUCUGCCAAAAAUGGUGCUGUGAUGAAUGCAAAUGGGUCAGAUUCUUAUGUAAGCAAUCCAGGUUGUGAAAAUGAAAGUUGUAAAUAUCAGAACAAUGUAGAUAGUAAGAAUGAUACAGAUAAUAUAUAUGUGAAUGGAGAACAUAGCGAAGAAGACAUACAUAAUGGGAAAACUAAUAGUACCAAAGAGUCUAGUGAAAUAUCUAACCAGAGUUCUCAGAUGGAAGACUGUGCCAACCAUUCAUAUGAGAGUAAUAAACCUAGUGACAGAAGAAAUAGUGAUGAGCCAGACAGAGGAUCUGUGGCUCCUCCGACUAUCCCCCGAAGAGAAGAUUUGGAAAAGGCUUCAGUCGAAAGGUACUGGAAAACCCGCCCAGAUCAGCAGGAUAGCCCAUUCAGAGGAUAUUUAGCUAGCCAGCUCCAGUGUAUAUUAUGUGGUCAUAAGAAUCCUGCUCAGUGGUCAAGCUUUGAGUCUAUAUCUCUUUCACUGCCAUCUGUACCUUGGGGUGAAGUGACCUUACAGGAACUUUUAGACUGUUAUAUUACCCAAGAAAAAGUUACAGAUGUUACCUGUGACAACUGCACCAAGAAAGCUGGCUGUACAAUCAAGACAUCAUUUACAAAGCAACUUACUAUAGGAAAGCUCCCAGACUGUUUGUGCUUUCACGUAAAACGCACAAUAUGGUUAGAAAAUGGAACCGCCAUUAAAAGACGGGACCACGUCAUUUUUCCAGAGUUCCUGACCAUGGAUCCGUACACCUACACUACCUCUAUUACAGCACAGGUACAGCAGGACAGUUUGCAGGAUAGCUCUCAUCACAGCCAUUCCACUUCUGAAAGAAAUGGUGGAUCAAACCUAUCGUCAGAUUGGUCUGCAAAUAAUUUUGAUCACCAGUCUCUUUCCAUCUUGAGUAAACACGCAACCUCCAGUCAACUAGAACCCAGCUCAUUUGUUCAUGUGUCAAGAGUGCGGUGUGAACAGCUGUAUAGACUGAAAGCGGUUAUUGUCCAUGUUGGAGAUGUCUUCUGUGGACAUUUUGUGACAUACCGUCGAGGAGCGAUAGGUUCACGCACGAGGAACAGAUGGUUCUACGCAUCAGAUCUCUUAGUGAGGGAAGCAAGUUUGGAAGAAGUGAAGAAAGCUCACAUCUACAUGAUACUCUAUGAGAAAGUAACACAGUAACUAUUGAUGCACCCAGAAGAGCAUUAUGGUAGAUAUAGAAGUUGGAAGAAAAAAUAAAAAGAGAAGACAUUUUACCAACUUUGCUUUGUCUGAAGAAAAUUGAAUGAUGUGAUAUGUUACAGGCCGUUAAAGGUCAAACUCUUCAAAGUUCUUCCAGUUUUUUGCUUGGGAUGUUUUUAACAAAUGUGUAUUUUAGCUUUAUUUAUAUAUUACUAGAUCAAUAAGAUUGGCAAUGAUCAAGAAGUAUAUUUAAUUUUAUACUUGCAUAGCAAAACAUCUUUUAUAUUAUUGUAAUGAAGAUACAAAAUAUUUUAGUAAUGAUAAUGCAUAUUAAACAAGAAAAUGCUGGUAGAUUUAAGAAAGAUAUAUGAAAUCACUUCAUUGGCAGAAGUGUAUAAAUAAUAAAUGUAUCUCAUGUGCCAUACUUUUUCCCUUUUGGCCUCCAAAGCUUCAAGUUAUUUUAUAAUAAGCUCAUAUGGGAGUUCAGCAAUAUCAGAGAAUCACAAGAGAAACUAGAUUUGAUAUCAACACUUUGAAUGUAUUAUAAGUAUUAAUCAAAAUAGCCAUCAAUAACAGUUGCAGCAAGGACCACUAUGUUCAUAUUAAUAUUUAGAGAUCUGUAUUGAUCUGCUGAUAUAAAGGACUAUACAGA